AUGCAGAGGCCGGUGGAUUUCAAGCUCCCCCACUUUUUCAACUACCCACCCUACUUUACCUUGCAGACUGUGAGAGAAACACGUGAAAAGCAAGUGCAGCUAUGGAAAGAGCUAAUACUUGAUUACUGUAGAAGUCAAAAGAUGUAUAUAAUCUCCCUGGAAGAAGAUUUUCCCUUGUUCUCCAAUCCAAAGAUUGAGAGAUCUCUAAGCUAUGAAGCAAAGGAAGCGUUCCUUGCAGCUCUUGUUAGUGAAGGUCGCGCAGAGUGGAUUGACAAAGGUCACAAGAAGUGUCUCAUCCUUUGGCUGCAGAUUCAAGAUUGGGCUAACUACAUAUUAGACUUUGUAAAGGAAAAUGGGUUGGAAGUGUUGGAAGUAACAACAAUCGAAGAUAUACGCUCUGGAAUUGAAACACAUGGGGCCGCAUGUGUUGCGGAACUUGUGGGAAUUGAUCGCGGUGUCCUCAUGCGAGCUUUGAGGCUGUUGGAACAAAAGGGAAAGGUAGUUAUCUUUAAAGGCACUUCAACAGACGAUAAGGUGUCUGCAAAGAGUGUUGAGCUGUAUGACAGGAUGCGGAGGGUGCAGAUGAUGGAACCUGAUGAGUUCACCUACUUUGGCCUGCUGAUGGCAUGUGGCCAUGCCAGGAUGCUGGAGGAGGGGGUGCAUUUCUUCGAGGAGAAUGCGUUCCAAGUCAUCAAGGCAUAA